CUUUCUGGAUUUACGGAAAUAAUUUAGGGAGAUGUCUGCAAUGCGGCAUCGCCCAUUGGCCCCGCCUGGAGUUGCAACGGCGACUGGUACGGGUGUAGGAGCAGGCGCCGGUGAGCAUGGCGAUAGUGAUGACAACAAUUUCACCGAUGACGAGAGUUCACCACUUACACAUGAUAUCUAUGGCGGCAGCCAACGCACGAUACAGGAAACCAAAGGCUGGGAUGUAUUUCGUGAUCCGCCUAUUAAAAUUGAAACCGGUUCGACAGCGAAUCAGGAAUGUUUAGAAUUAACUAUUAAGAUCUUAAAGAUCUUUGCCUAUGUAUUUACAUUUAUCAUAGUCUUAACGGGUGGCGUUAUAGCCAAAGGCACUGUGCUGUUUAUGACCUCACAAGUUCGGAAGGAUAAAAAAAUGGAAUAUUGCAACAAGGAUUUAGGACGUGACAAAAACUUUGUAGUACGGCUGCCUGAGGAGGAACGCAUAGCUUGGAUUUGGGCAUUGCUUAUAGCUUAUGCAUUACCCGAAAUUGGGGCUCUGAUUAGAUCCGUACGUAUCUGCUUCUUCAAGACCUUCAAGGUUCCAAAAACAGGUCACUUCCUGUUUGUUUGGCUAAUGGAGAGUUUGAGUGCUUUGGGCACUGCAUUGCUAAUGUUUGUAGUGCUACCACAAAUAGAUGCGAUUCAAGGAGCAAUGUUGACCAAUUGCCUGUGCGUGAUUCCAGGAUUUUUCGGUCUUCUCUCGCGCACUUCGAAGGAGGGCAAACGCUUUGUGAAAGUGAUUAUCGAUCUGGCAGCAAUCGCUGCUCAGGUAACUGGUCUCAUAAUUUGGCCAUUAUUGGAGAAUCGUCGAGAGUUGUGGGUAAUUCCGGUGGCCUGUGUUAUGAUAUCGUGCGGCUGGUGGGAAAACUAUGUGUCUUCGCAGUCACCGAUUGGUCUGGUGCGGGUUUUAGGGCGCAUUAAGGAAGAAAUGCGCUACACGCGCUAUUUCUGUCACAUGUUCCUUUCAAUUUGGAAGAUUCUUCUGUUUUUCUGUGUCACUCUGCUUAUUUACUGGGCCCAAGGAGAUGAGCCUGGUAAUUUGUUCACCAUGUACGGCGAUGCAUUUGGUCCCCACAAGAUUAUCGUGUAUGAGCUACCAGCUGGAUUGGGUGGAGUCCUGCCCGAUACUUUGGAAUCGGCAAAUAUUGACACAGUCGAUGUUGAUGCAGCAUACAAUACCGUGAUCUAUGUUCUACUGCUCCAGAUCUUUGGAUCGUAUUUGUGUUAUAUUUUCGGCAAAUUCGCUUGCAAAAUUCUCAUUCAAGGCUUUAGCUAUGCCUUCCCCGUUAGCUUGACCGUGCCGAUAGCCGUUUCGUUCUUGAUAGCAGCAUGCGGUAUUCGAAUUGAUGAUCCCUGCUUCUUCCAUGACACUAUACCGGACUAUUUGUUCUUUACGAGCCCCUCAAACUUCCGUUUUAAUAAUUUUGUCACCGAACAAAUGGCCUGGGCCUGGAUAUUAUGGUUACUAAGUCAAACUUGGAUCGCACUGCAUAUUUGGACACCAAAAUGUGAACGUUUGGCAACCACGGAGAAGCUUUUUGUACGGCCAAUGUAUUCUGCUCUACUGAUUGAUCAGUCUAUGGCCCUGAAUAGACGUCGUGAUGACCAAGCGGAUGUCAAGACAGAGGACCUUUCCGAAAUUGAAAAAGAAAAGGGUGACGAGUAUUACGAAACAAUUUCAGUACAUACUGAUCGUUCGUCUGCUCCGAAUAAGCCUUCAAUAAAAUCAUCUGACAACAUAACCCGAAUCUAUUCCUGUGCUACCAUGUGGCAUGAGACCAAAGACGAAAUGAUUGAGUUCUUAAAGAGUAUUAUGCGUAUGGAUGAAGAUCAGUGUGCUCGUCGAGUGGCCCAAAAGUAUUUGAGAGUUCUAGAUCCAGACUAUUACGAGUUUGAAACCCACAUUUUUUUCGAUGAUGCUUUUGAGAUUUCCGAUCACAGCGAUGAUGAUAUCCAGUGCAAUCGUUUUGUAAAGCUUUUAAUAGCUACCAUGGAUGAAGCUGCCUCCGAGAUCCACCAGACGACAAUUCGUUUACGUCCACCGAAAAAAUAUCCCACUCCCUAUGGUGGACGUUUGGUCUGGACGUUGCCAGGAAAAACCAAAUUCAUAACUCACUUAAAGGAUAAAGAUCGAAUCCGUCAUCGUAAGCGUUGGUCCCAAGUUAUGUAUAUGUACUACUUGCUGGGUCAUCGACUGAUGGAACUGCCCAUAUCGGUGGAUCGUAAGGAUGCCAUUGCAGAGAAUACGUAUCUCCUGACACUGGAUGGUGACAUCGAUUUCAAACCAAAUGCCGUUACCUUGUUGGUGGAUUUAAUGAAGAAAAAUAAGAAUCUGGGUGCUGCCUGUGGGCGUAUUCAUCCAGUAGGCUCUGGGCCUAUGGUAUGGUAUCAGCUGUUCGAGUAUGCCAUUGGUCAUUGGCUGCAGAAGGCCACAGAGCAUAUGAUUGGCUGUGUACUCUGUUCUCCGGGAUGCUUUUCGUUGUUCCGUGGCAAGGCUCUCAUGGAUGAUAAUGUGAUGAAGAAAUAUACGACACGGUCAGACGAAGCCCGUCAUUAUGUGCAAUAUGAUCAGGGUGAGGAUCGUUGGCUGUGCACACUAUUACUGCAGCGUGGAUAUCGUGUAGAAUAUUCCGCUGCCAGCGAUGCCUACACCCAUUGCCCGGAGGGAUUCAAUGAGUUUUACAAUCAGCGACGUCGCUGGGUUCCCUCGACCAUAGCCAACAUAAUGGAUCUAUUGGCCGACGCUAAGCGUACAAUCAAAAUCAAUGAUAACAUUUCCCUGCUAUACAUUUUCUAUCAGAUGAUGUUAAUGGGUGGAACAAUACUCGGACCGGGCACUAUAUUCCUUAUGUUGGUGGGAGCUUUUGUGGCCGCCUUUCGCAUCGACAAUUGGACAUCGUUUCACUACAACAUUGUGCCGAUAUUGGCAUUUAUGUUUAUCUGCUUCACAUGCAAAUCCAACAUCCAGUUGUUCGUGGCCCAAGUUUUAUCUACAGCGUAUGCUCUGAUUAUGAUGGCGGUAAUAGUGGGUACCGCAUUACAAUUGGGCGAGGAUGGAAUUGGCUCGCCAUCGGCUAUAUUCUUGAUUUCGAUGGUGGGAUCGUUCUUUAUAGCCGCAUGUUUGCAUCCACAAGAGUUUUGGUGCAUUACGUGCGGCUUGAUCUACUUGCUUUCCAUCCCAUCUAUGUAUCUGCUUUUAAUCCUGUACUCCAUUAUCAAUCUGAACGUUGUGUCCUGGGGCACUCGCGAGGUGGUUGCCAAGAAGACCAAAAAAGAACUGGAGGCCGAAAAGAAGGCUGCCGAGGAAGCUAAGAAGCGUGUGAAACAGAAGAGCAUGUUGAGUUUCUUACAGAGCGGCAUUGGUGAUAAUGGCGAUGAGGAAGGGUCUGUGGAAUUUUCUUUGGCUGGUCUCUUCCGUUGCAUAUUUUGCACUCAUGGCAAGACUUCGGAUGAAAAGCAACAACUGACCACAAUUGCCGAAUCCUUGGAUACAAUUAAACAACGUAUGGACACAAUUGAGAGUGCUGUGGAUCCCCAUGGACAUCAUGCCUCACGUCAUGGCAGACGACGAACGGCAUCAGGCGGAUCAAAAGAUCAUCAUUUGCUGCAGUCAGUGGCCGAGAAAUCGGGUGAUGAGUCCGAUGAGUCAGAUUCAGACACUUCAGCCGAACCAAAGCAGGAACGCGACUUCCUCACAAAUCCGUAUUGGAUUGAGGAUCCCGAUGUGCGAAAGGGCGAAGUGGACUUUUUAUCGAGCUCAGAAAUACAGUUUUGGAAAGAUCUAAUCGAUCAGUAUCUAUAUCCCAUUGACAAUGAUCCCGUGGAACAGGCCCGUAUUGCAAAAGAUCUGAAAGAACUGCGUGAUUCAUCCGUAUUUGCUUUCUUCAUGAUCAAUGCCCUGUUCGUGUUGAUUGUGUUUCUGCUGCAAUUGAAUAAGGAUAAUAUCCAUGUGAAAUGGCCGUUUGGCGUGCGAACCAAUAUAACCUAUGACGAAUCUACUCAGGAGGCCCGCAUUGCUGCCGAUCUGAUUGAGCUGCGAAAUAAGUCGGUUUUUGCGUUUUUUAUGGCCAACGCAUUAUUCGUUUUGAUUGUCUUCUUAUUGCAAUUGAACAAGGAUAAAUUGCAUAUAAUUUGGCCGUUGGGCGUUAAAACGAACAUAACGUAUAUUGAAGAAACAUCUGAGGUCCACAUAUCAAAGGAAUAUCUUCAACUGGAACCCAUCGGCUUGGUUUUCGUUUUCUUUUUUGCCUUGAUUUUGGUAAUACAAUUUACGGCAAUGUUAUUCCAUCGCUUUGGUACUCUAUCCCAUAUAUUGGCUUCGACCGAAUUGAAUUUUUGUAAAAAGAAAUCUGAAGAUCUAACACAAGAUCAACUUAUAGACAAGCACGCGGUAGAAAUAGUCAAGAAUCUGCAGCGCCUUCAAGGUAUUGAUGGUGAUUAUGACAACGACUCGGGUUCAGGCCCCGAUCGUAUUGCUAGGCGGAAGACUAUACAAAAUUUGGAGAAAGCUCGCCAGCCACGACGUCAAAUUGGCACUUUGGAUGUGGCCUUCAAGAAACGUUUCCUUAAGCUGACAGCCGAUGCUGAGAACAAUCCAGCUACCCCGAUUUUAACACGCCGCUUGACCAUGAGGGCUGAAACUAUACGUGCGUUGGAGGUGCGAAAAAAUUCCGUGAUGGCAGAACGAAGAAAAUCAGCCAUGCAAACUUUGGGAGCGAAGAAUGAAUAUGGCAUUACUACAGGUGCACCGGUAAAUAAUAAUGGUGGGUUACCUAAUCAUCGAAGCGGAAGGGUCUCAAAUGCCGGCAUAAGCAUAAAAGACGUAUUCAAUGUUAAUGGAGGUCCUAGCGAGCAAAUCUAUGGCUCCAAUGGGGGAGGCACCAUUAAUCAGGGCUACGAGCAUGUCAUCGACGAGGAUAAUGAUGGUGAUGGCAAUUCCCUAAGGUUAACUACACGUAAUCCUCAUUCGCAUCCCCAAGUUUCCUGGAGUCAAAAUACGAACGGAAAUAAUUUGGGACGCUUGUAAAGUGAACUAUUUACCAUUUUAACCUAUAAACAUAUAUACAAAUAUCUAUAUACUUAAGUACUUAUUGUUAGAGCUAGAGAUUUCAUUCAAUCAACUGCCUAUAUUCUUUAAUAUUUAGAACUAUUGUCGAUACAUACGAUACGAUAUAAAUAUAUUAAAUAGAGUUAGUUCCAUUGCAGGACCACAACGAAUAUGUUGGUUAGCUAAUCACACUGCCCAUAAUAUUGUGAAAAUGGCAAAAUCACAACAUUCAUUCAAUGUACUAUAUACACAUACAUACGUUUGUUAGGUUACCUUUAAGUAAAUAUCCUUAAAAUCUUGUGAAAACCCUAUCAAAUGCGUUUAGGCAAAUCUAGGUUGCCACAAUACCAGUGCAUGCUGACAUUGAAUACUCAACAAUAAAAAGCGAGCCGAGUAAAACUUCAAAAAGUAUACAUUUUGGCGAAAAUUCA